AGUAGAUAGGGCUGGUGCACACCUAGAGAGUGUGUUCAGCUAUAAUGCUGGCGGAAGCCAUUGUUCACCUGUGACUUUGUAUUGAUAGCUGGAACUCAAUAAACACCAUAUUGCUAAAAGUAUUGGGACACCCCUCCAAAUCACUGGAUUCAGGUAUUCCAAUCACCUCCAUGGCCACAGGUGUAUAAAAUCAAGCACCUAGGCAUGCAGACUGCUUCUACAAACAUUUGUGAAAGAAUGGGUCCCUCUCAGGAGCUCAGUGAAUUCAAGCGUGGUACAGUGAUAGGUUGCCACCUGUGCAAUAAGUCCAUCUGUGACAUUUCCUUGCUAAUAAAUAUUCCACAGUCAAUUGAUAGUGGUAUUAUAACAAAGCAGAAGCAACUGGGAACAACAGCAACUCAGCCACCAAGUGGUAGACCACGUAAAAUGGCAGAGCAGGGUCAGUGCAUGCUGAAGCGCACAGUGCGCAGAAGUCGCCAACUGUCUGCA